AUGAACGACGCCACCAUGUCUAUGUCCGGACGCAUCGUCGUCAGCGGCAACGGUUCCGCCGCGGAAGAUUCUUUCAAGAUCUCCGCCUCCGCGCCGAUCUGCGGCGGCUCGGGCUCGGUGAGCCUGUGCGCCAAGCCGAACUACCGCCCGAGCAUCUCCUCCAAGGGUGGGGUCUCGCACAACAUCACGGCGGAUGACCUCGUGGGUUUGUCUAACAUGUCCGACUACGACAUCUCCGUCAACAAGUCUGCGACGAUCGCGGGCCAAGACUGCAACGUUAAUCUCGGCAUGAGCAACAUCAAGACGGGCCAAGCCGGUUCGCUUCAAAUCAACACCAACGUCGAGGCCGUCGGCGAUGUCACCGUGACGCUCGCGCAAAAGGGCUCCAAGGUUGGCGGUGACAAGCAAGACGCCGACCGCGCGUCUGUCAAGCUCAACUUGUCCGACAAGCUCAACAUCGAUGACGUCACCGCGUCCGUUGAGUACGAUGUGCCGAGCCAAGACGCCACGGUUAACCUUGGCUACACCAAUGGUGAUGUCAAGCUCGGAUUGAAGUCCAAGGUUAACACAAGCUCCCAAGCUGCCUCCCACAAGGCCACCGUCAACUACUCCGGCAUCGAAGGCGUUGGCAUUGCCGUCGAAGUCGACCAAGACAUUGCGGGCAAGAUGUCUGUCACCAAGGACAGAUAUGAGCUUCGUGUGCCGUUCUCCAAGGACGGUGGUGUGAACGCGGACGACGUCCAACUUCGCAUGACCUGGAGCCAAGAUUUGUAA